GAUUAGUAAUCUUAAAUAUGUAUCUCUUUUUAAAGUGACUCUUAACUACUACAACCUGUCUAUAUUAUCUUAAAUUUUGAAUCUCAUACAGUUAGUGCCAACAUGCUUAUCAUGUACGGUUGUACAUUAAAAUAUGUUACAAAAUCGAGAUUUCUACAAAACUGUAUAUUAAUUCGUACCUAAAUUGCCUUGAAAACAAGCAGACUAAUAAAUAAAUAAAAAUAAAAUAAAGAAAUAAAGAAAUAAACACUUCUACUUGCUGCAGGAACAAAACUUUUCCUGCAACCCAACUGUUAACCCUUUCAUUCUGCAGAUCGCUACUAUAUCGACUUGAAAUCUUAGUCGACUGAACCUAAUGCUGCCCUCUACACCUUUCCAGCUCAAACUUGAUAUUUGUAUACCGUCAUGAAUGAGCAUCACCUGUUUUUACCGCAUUGACUUGCGGUACGUUGUUUACGAAUGUGAUUGUGUUACGGAUUUUUUAAACCACCGGUCAAGAAACGGAACGACGAUGUUCCCGCAAAGUUCGCAGAAAAAAUAUUGGAUAUUUAGCGACGAGAAUGAUUUAACAGUGCUGCGAGAGAAAACAAAUGCAGAGUUCAUCGAGAGGCAUGGAGCAAAUAUGACACCAGAAGAAAGGGAGGAGUAUUUUCUAUCUCACACAGAGGAACGUACGUUACUUCGAUUUUAUGAAUCGCAAUUGAGAGAUUUCUGUCGUCGCUUCAGUCCUCCAAUGCCCCGAGCUACUAUAGCAACAGCAUUACAUUACUUUAAAAGGUUCUACCUCAGGAACAGUGUUAUGGACUAUCAUCCAAAAGAGAUUUUAGUCACGUGUGUUUACUUGGCCUGUAAAGUAGAGGAAUUCAAUGUAUCUAUAUAUCAGUUUGUUGCCAACAUUAAAGGUGAUAGAGAAAAGGCAUCUGACAUUAUACUUAAUAAUGAAUUACUUCUUAUGCAACAGUUGAACUAUAAUUUAACAGUACAUAAUCCAUUUAGACCCGUAGAGGGAUUAAUGAUAGAUAUCAAGACAAGGUAUUCUUCUUUGGAAAAUCCAGAAAGGUUGAGGCCAUACAUAGACGAAUUUCUAGAAAGAGUCUUCUUGACGGACAGCGUUUUACUUUAUGCUCCAAGUCAAGUUGCAUUAGCUGCAACACUGCAUGCUGCAUCUAGAGCAUCUGCUAAUCUAGAUAAUUAUGUGACCGAUAUAUUGUUUUCAAAAGAACACUUAGGGUGUAUAAUUGAAGCAGUAAGAAAGAUAAGGUCUAUGGCUAAAUGUGUAGAAUCUCCUUCGAGGGAUGUGGUAAGAGUUUUAGAAAAGAAAUUAGAAAAAUGUAGAAAUCAAGAAAAUAAUCCCGACAGUGAAAUAUAUAAACAAAGGAUGCAGGAAAUGCUGGAUGAAGAAGAUUUGCAAGACAAUGAGAAAUAUGCCAAAAUUAUGCAGGACCAAGCAGCAAGCGAUGAUAAGAUUCUAGGAGUCAGUAAAACCUUGUCUCCUUCUGCCCUUUAAUAAAUAAAACUAUAAGAACUCUCGUUAUCAUUUUUAUACCUCAAUUUAUUGUAUAGGUAUAAUAAAUAAUUUAUUACUUUACUUUUUAUAAUAGUAUACAUCAGAAAAAUUACAAUAUUAUUUAUUAAUACUAUUUGUAUAUUACUUGGAAAUAAAAAUGUAUUUCUUCACUUUG